AGUAUAAAAGCUGUCGGGUUGUACUCUUUCAAAAAGAGCGCAUAUUAGUAGCUUAAAGGUACAUAUUGGUACCAAAAGUGUAAAUAUUAGUACCGUUUUAAAGGGUGCCUUCCCAGUGACAGCUUUCAUUCCAUUAUUUUCCUGAGAGUGUUGUGAAGAAAAAAAAAACCUUUUGGAACCUUAAUUUUUAAGAGCGUAAAGGUGUAUUUUGUCUAUAUUUAAAGUCAGGCAGUAUCUGUUUCAUCGCUUUGGAAAACACACUAAUUCAUUUUAGCAAUCGCAUUGCCAUGGUUUGCCAUUUAAGGGACAGAAACUCAUCCAUGUUACUCAUUGCAUUACUCGGACAUUGUCUCCGUAAUUUGUUCAAACCCCAGAAAACAUAUAAAAUAUAUAAAGGGCAUCACCAAAUUCAAACCUUGCAUGUUGUAAAAACCACAUAUGGAAAGUAAAAACUUUCCCAAAUACUGUCUUUAAUGCAAAUUUGAAGGGCCCGAAUGGAAAAUGUCAAAUUAUAGCAUAUAACCUUCACAUAAAUGUGACCUAAAAUCAGAUAUUAGCACACAUUGCUUCCUUAAACAGUGUAAAUGUGAAGUGACCAUCAUCAGGUAGCAUAACAUGAGAGUUGGCCAUACAGCUGCCACUAGUCUCCAUUGGUGGAGAUCACUUCAUUGUGAAGAGUGUGCGGAGGAAAGAAAGAACUACAGCUCAGGACAGAAACAAAAGGCAUCCAAAGCAAAGUGCUGACCGCAGCCGGGGUCUGUGAAUCAGGGAGCCCCAUUGAAGCAGCGCCUGUAUAAAUAGCCCCACAGAUGCCUGAGCAGGAGACCGCGUGGUGGAUUCCCCUCAACGCACACAGCUCAUUCUAUUGGGUCAGUCAGCGCUGAUAUAUCUGAAACAAUGGCUCUGACAAACCCUAUGUCAAUGCCCAUGGGACCAUGGAAGAUUACUGUUUAUGACCAGGAGCAUUUCCAGGGCAGGCGUUGCGAAUUCACCGCCUGCUGCCAGAAUAUCAUGGAGUAUGGAAUGGAGACUGUCCGCUCCCUGAAGGUGGAGUGUGGCGCCUGGGUAGGUUUUGAGCACUCUACCUUCAAUGGCCAGCAGUUCAUCUUGGAGAAGGGAGAUUACCCUUGCUGGGAGGCCUGGAGUGGAAGCAAUGCCUAUCGCAUUGAGAGGCUGAUGUCCUUCCGCCCCAUCUGUUCUGCUAUGCACAGCGAUUCCCGUAUGAUGCUUUUCGAGUGUGAGAACAUGAGUGGAAGGCAGUGGGAGGUGUGCGGUGACUACCCCUCCCUGCAGGCUAUGGGAUGGUGCAACAACGAGGUCGGCUCCUUCCAAGUCAUGAGUGGCGCCUUUGUAUGCUACCAGUAUCCUGGUUACCGUGGUUACCAGUACAUUAUGGAGUGUGACUGCCACGGAGGCGAGUACAGGCACUACAGGGAGUAUGGUUGCCAUGCUCAGACCCCUCAGAUCCAGUCUAUCCGCAGGAUCCAGCAUUGAGAGGAGUCAGCCGUGUCCUUCCUCCCUUCCCUUCCCUCCCCUCUUCCUCCUUCUGAGCCCUUCAAUCCUCCACUUCCUCCAUCCCUCCGUUCCCAGCCAUGCAAGAGGGUUUGUUGACCAGGAUGGCAGGCUGAUAUACUGGUGCUACACCAAUGUAACAAGUCCACAGCACUUUUUGUACCCACUACACAAGGAAAGAAAGACAAACUAUUGACGGCAGGAACGAUGAGAAAAAACCCCACAGAAGAAAAAGUCCUGUAUGAUUCCAGCCGAACGGACGUGGUGCGGUUAGAAGCCGGGAGUGUCGCUCUACUUUCGUCAUGACUUGAUCAUCAUGAUCGUAGCCAUUGCAGUUUUCAUGGUCAACAUCUGUACGAUAUUUGAUGAAUAAAGAACAUGAGCAUAAAAUCUACGGAAACAAAAAAAACAGAAUACUUGAUAUCAGCUGACUGUGGUGUGUGGAUCUUUCCUGACUUUAAGUGAACAUUAGGACAAACAUUCAACUCUCACAUCAGUCAAUUUCAGAUGAGCAUAAAGCAAGAAGGUGUAAUGAAUUGUCUAAAAUUAAAAUUUGAAAUGAAAAGA